CGUUGACAAGUAAAAUGACGUUUUACUAGUCACUGCAGUUUUUGAUUAAUCUGACGUCAUCUUUACUAAAUAAAGGUAUACAUUGUAAAAAUAUAAGUGGAAAAGAAAUAAAACAGGAUUUUAUCUUCAGCUUUCUACCAUUAUAAAAUGGCAGAUCCAAAAUAUGAAAACCUUCCCGGCAUCGCUUACGACCAACCCGAUGUUUAUGAAACCGGUGAUUUGCCAGAGGCUGAUCAACCCGAACCAUACGAAGAAGAAGACAAUGAAAGCAUUGAACAAUUACAUCUCUCAGUUAAAGAUUCAUUCAAUAAAUUUAAAGGAAAGUUCCUGACAGGGAAUGUUGAUUUUUCCGAUAGAUUAAGCAGAAAAAAUCGUAUCGGUUACAGGUCUGGUGAAUGGGAGCUGGCUGCUGAAGGUGAGCCUGAAACGACACUGGAACGCUACAAUAGGCUUCGCUGUGAAUUUUCUGAGUUGCUAGAACAAAUAGCAGAACAACAAAAUAAAGCUACAGAAAGUGAAAAGGAGGAGCAUUCGAAAUUAGCGUCUCAGAUAAACACUACAAAGAAACUUCUAGAAGAACUGAAGUUAGAAGAAGGUGAAGAAGUUGAUCCUAAGGCUGAAAAAUUAAGUGAGUACCUGAGCACAAAUGGUAAGAAAAAACAUGGUGAAGUGGUAACUGCCCAUCUGAAACUUAGACCAGAGGUAACCCUUGCACAGACUACCAGGAUAGCACAACUAGAGCACAGAUUACAUAAGCUAGAACAAGCGGCUGGUGUGAGGGACGAAGAAGCAUUCCGCAGGUUGCAGGCUGCAACGGGAGAGGCAACAUUGUGUGGAGCGGCAGCAACACUAGCUAAUCAAGCUUCUUUACUUCGUCCCGGCGAUUUAGCUGCAGCUGAAGCUAGAGUCACUUCGCUCCUAACCAAUGUAGAAGCAUUGAAGGCUGCUGUUAAACCAGCUGAACCGGAAGUCGAAGCAAAGGUAAAGGAAUUACAUAAAUUAUUGAAACAAAUAGAUGGUGUAUCACAUUCCGAAAUAUUAGAGCGAAUGGAGGCACUUGAAGCUCUUCAUAAUCAAGCAAGCAACUUUGGAAAGUCGCUAACGGAGUUAGAAACACUACAAAGCACUAUAGCCAGUGGGGUUCAAAAUAAUAAAGAGCUACUCCAAGGAGUCCAAGAAGUAUUCGCUCAUAAUAUUGAUAGUCUUCAAAAAGAAAUAAAGAAGUUGGAUGGUAGAAUCAGUAAAUUAGCUACUGUAUGAUAACAUAAAAAUGUUUAGAUGUGCUUAAAAUUGUUUUUUUAUCUGUAGUCAGGGUUGCAAUGUAAGAAAAAUAUUGGUAUAAUAACGUUUUUAGUAAAAUAAAGAGUAAAGUAGUGAGCGUAAGCUUUAAGCGUCGAAAAAAAAAACAUUUACAAUCGCUUUCCUUGAUCGCGUGUAUUCGACCUUUUGCUCGCUAUGGAAAGUCUGAAAUAAAAAAAAAUAUAUACAUUAUUUUUUGUGUCAUAUCUUUAACACUUCCUCGUUAAAAUAAAGUAACCAAUAAACAGCAUUAGAAUGUAUUUGCUACAUCUAAAAGCAAAAAUGACAUGUAGUAUUCAUUUAUAUCAUGCUAUUUCCGAUAUCAUACUGACUUCAUUAAAUUUAAAUCAUGUUUUUAAAGUUAAAAUACAUUAUUUAUAUUGUAUAAAGUAAUACUCAAUCCAAUUUGUUUCAUACCACAAUUUCAACGACACCAUUUGUAAUCUCAAUUUCACAUUUUAUACUUGUUCAAUAACCACAAUAUUCAUAUAUUAUACUAUUAUAUGUACCCUCUCGUUGAAUAUAACCAGUAUUCGAUAUAGGGGAUUUAGGUAGGCUGCUUAAAUAAUUAAUUUAUUAAAAAAUAAAGCAAUUAUUUCAAAAAAUAA